AUGAACGGCGCGGGCGGAACAGACGGGGACGCGGGGAAUGGGGAGAAGGGGAAGGAGGCGGGGACGGCGGACGUUCCCGUGCUUCAGGAUUGCGGCGGGGAGAGCAGCGACGAGGAGGGGGACGGGGACGCGGAGGGGAAGGCGGGAAAAGACUCCAAGGCUGCUGGCGAUGCUCCUGAUGCUGCCGGCUCUGCAGGCGCUGCUGACGGUGCUGCUGCUGCGGAUGGUGGCGAUGGCGGCGCAAGCGACGGAACUCUCGCUGUGGUGCCGCCAGUCGUCGUGGUGGAAGAGCCUCCUAAGGCCAUCCGCGGAAGCUACCGCGCGAUUGUGAUGGCGUUCGCGGUGCUGGGGUGGACGGCGUUCGGGGGGCCGUCCGCGCACAUCGCGCAGUUCCACAAGGACUUUGUCGAGCUGCGCGGGUGGAUGUCAGACGAUGUGUUUGCGGAGCUGCUGGCGCUCUGCCAAACCGUGCCGGGCCCAUCAUCCACGCAGAUGUCAUUCGCCAUCGGCAUUCUCCAGAAGGGCAUCUCGGGCGGGCUGCUCUCCGGCAUGCUCUUCCAGUACCCUGGCCUCAUCAUCAUGAGCCUUGCGGGCUUCGGUGCCGCUAAGUUCCUGAUAAACCCGGGCGUGUGGCUGACAGCCAUAUCAGCAGGGCUGGCAGCAGUGGCAGUGGCAUUGGUGGCGGAGGCAGCGGUGAUGCUGGGGAAGAAGGUGUGCAAGGACCGUGUCUCCAAGGUGCUCUGUGUGGCAGCUGCUGUCAUCACCUUCUACUACCAGACGCAGUGGCUCUUCCCCACCAUCAUCCUCGUCGGCGGGCUCAUCACAGUGAUCAUCGGGCACAACAAGCCCAUCCCCCCGGCGCGCAGCGACAUCGAGAAGCUGGGGCUGAGCUGGUGGGGGGGCGCGCUGCUCAUUGUGUUCUGGGCCGCGCUUCUGGUGACGUCCAUUGUGGUGAAGAACGCCGUGCCGUAUGAGAACGCCCAGUGGAUGCACUGGUUCGAGGGCUUCUACCUGACGGGGUCGGUGACUUAUGGCGGAGGGCAGGUGGUGCUGCCUCUGCUGGAGAACGUGGUUGUGCACUAUGACUGCCCCAGCAAUGGCGGGCCUUGCACGGAGUCCCCCAACACGUGGGUGACGCAGCAGCAGUUCAUGGCAGGCCUUGCCCUCGCGCAGGCCAUGCCCGGGCCGCUCUUCAACUUCUCCGCGUACCUGGGUGCCAUUGUGAGUCUCAUGAACAAUGUGCCUCCGCUUGCCUGCCUGCCUAUUCUCCCUCUUUUCCUGGUUCUCCCUCUUUUCCUGGUUCUCCCUCUUUUCCUGGUUCUCCCUCUUUUCCUGGUUCUCCCUCUUUUCCUGGUUCUCCCUCUUUUCCUGGUUCUCCCUCUUUUCCUGGUUCUCCCUCUUUUCCUGGUUCUCCCUCUUUUCCUGGUUCUCCCUCUUUUCCUGGUUCUCCCUCUUUUCCUGGUUCUCCCUCUUUUCCUGGUUCUCCCUCUUUUCCUGGUUCUCCCUCUUUUCCUGGUUCUCCCUCUUUUCCUGGUUCUCCCUCUUUUCCUGGUUCUCCCUCUUUUCCUGGUUCUCCCUCUUUUCCUGGUUCUCCCUCUUUUCCUGGUUCUCCCUCUUUUCCUGGUUCUCCCUCUUUUCCUGGUUCUCCCUCUUUUCCUGGUUCUCCCUCUUUUCCUGGUUCUCCCUCUUUUCCUGGUUCUCCCUCUUUUCCUGGUUCUCCCUCUUUUCCUGGUUCUCCCUCUUUUCCUGGUUCUCCCUCUUUUCCUGGUUCUCCCUCUUUUCCUGGUUCUCCCUCUUUUCCUGGUUCUCCCUCUUUUCCUGGUUCUCCCUCUUUUCCUGGUUCUCCCUCUUUUCCUGGUUCUCCCUCUUUUCCUGGUUCUCCCUCUUUUCCUGGUUCUCCCUCUUUUCCUGGUUCUCCCUCUUUUCCUGGUUCUCCCUCUUUUCCUGGUUCUCCCUCUUUUCCUGGUUCUCCCUCUUUUCCUGGUUCUCCCUCUUUUCCUGGUUCUCCCUCUUUUCCUGGUUCUCCCUCUUUUCCUGGUUCUCCCUCUUUUCCUGGUUCUCCCUCUUUUCCUGGUUCUCCCUCUUUUCCUGAUCGGCAAGUUUGCGGGCAUAGCGGCGUGCUGGUUGGGUCUCUUCUCGCCCGGCAUCUUGCUCAUCUACGGCAUCCUGCCCUUCUGGGGCCGCUUCCGCCAGUGGCACAUCUACAAGCGCGCUACACCAGGAUUCAACUCCACAGCUAUCGGUCUCAUCUGGGCGUCCGUGUUCACACUGGGUCUGCAGACAUACAGUCGCAGUCCCUUCCCCAUGGCCUCGCUCUGUAUUGCCAUGAUCGGCUAUGCUGCCACAAACUUCCUCAAGAUCCCAGCACCAUUGGCGAUCAUUGGAGGAGGAGCUCUGGGAGCCGUGGCAUGGGCAACACACAUGCACUGA